AUGAUUGCAUAUCGAAAUGGUAUUUAUUAGGGGACUUCAUAAAAUGGAAUUAAAGAAGGAAUAGGAAUAUUCUGGUGGCCUACAGGAUGUAUAUAUAUUGGAGAAUGGUACAAGGAUAUGAUUCAUGGUGAAGGAAUAAUAAUGAUAAAUGAUAAUAUUAUAAGAGGUUAAUUCAAAAAUAAUAAAUUUCAUGGUUUAAGUGUAAAUUACACGUAUGUAAUUGAUACUCUAUAGUUCUAGUCAAAGUGAAUUUUAUCGAUUUGAGUAUGGUUAAUUAAAUGGGAAAUGUUUAAAAGGAUAAACAGUUUCUUAUUAUAGGAGAGGAGAACUAAUGUAGAUUGACUCAAAUUUAGAAUCAGUAGAUGUUUUAUUAGGUAUUUAAGAAAUCAAGAUUAGAUGAAUUUUAGAAUAGAUUAUUAGAUUUAGAGGAAAUCUUAGAUAGAAAUCAAUGUAAUACAAUAGGAAUAACUGAAACAUAUUUAGGUAGAAUGAAAAGAGGGAAAUAAGUAGGUUUAGGUAUAGAAAACAUGUUUACUACAGAGAAAAGGAUUGGAAUUUUCCAUGAUUCAAAUCUAACAAAUAUCGGUUAGAUUUGGAUGAAUGGUGAUAUCUAUACUGGAAGUUUUAAAGACAACAAAUAUAAUGGUUUAGGUUGUUAUUUCAUUAAUGUAUAUUUAAUAAUUACUUUAUAGAGUGAAAUGAAAAUGAUUUAAGGUAUAUUUUAAAAUGGAAUAUGUGUUGAAAUUAAAAAAAAAUAACAUGGAGAUGUUGAAACAUAUAAAAUAUUGGCUGAAUAAACAUUUUAAGCUAUUCAAUCAAAUCCAAUUUAAUAAAGAGUGCCUAUUCCUUAUUUGUAAUAAUGCUAAUUUGAAAUAUUAAAUACUUUGACACAGAAUAGUAUUUCUUAGAUUCCUUAAUAAAUUUUAGAAAAGGAUGAUAAAGAUUAAACUAUUUUAGAAGUAGAAUUUGAUAUCCAAAAAGAGAUUGAGAAUAUCUAAAAGUAAUCAUCAUUUUUAAUUAUUUAUAAGUGAUUAAGAAACUAUAGAGGCUAAAAAGUUAUUGUAUGAAGUUGUAAAUAAACAUUAGCAAAAUAAUAAUUAGAUUUCCUAAUUAUAAAUUGAUUAACUUUAAACAUUUAGAAAUAAUCCAUCAAUGUUAGAUUAGGAAAUAGAAAAUAUCUAAGAUUAGAAUCAUAAGAGUAAAUUUGUAUCUUCUCAUUCACAAUAGACAGAAUAUUUUCAUGUUAAUGAUUCUAAAUAAUAGUCUGCUCAUAGUUGUAAGAGAUUACCAUUACAAUCACUGAUGAAUUAGAUUAAUGAACAUUCAGAGACAAAAAAAUCUAUUAGAUUAAUCACAAUAAGUGCUAGAUCAGAACCAUAUUCUCAAGUAUUAAGUUCUAGAAAAUGCUUAAAUCAAUGA